GCACUUCCGGUGAUAGUACUUCCUGUCAGUGUUUGUAAACUGAGAAAAAAUUGGAACCACGACAAGAAAUAUUGUUCCUAAAAACCGUAUAAUUCGAAAGGCUUUGGCCCCUGAUGAUUUGGGGGGGACUGUGGUCUCUCCUGUCACCCCCUCAUCCUGAGUGAAGCCCCCCCUCUAUCCCCUCAAACACACACGCAUUCAAACCACGGCGAUGACACACCAUUCCAAUUCAGUUCGAGACCAUAUGAAAUGGGCUGGGUUGCUGGGUUGUGAGGCGGUGUUGUCCAGCAUGGCCCUGAUGCAAGCCAACAACAUCCCAAGCCAGAAGAAGAUGAUGUCAUCCUCAGGUCACAGCCACAGGUCCAGUCCUGAGGGCCACCAGACGCACUCGCAGCACAGCCUAAACCAUCAAGGGCACCAAUCUCACCAUGGGCAAGGUCAUCACAGUCACAUGGGACAUGCUUCUGAAGGAAGCUGUCCUCCACUGGUGAGAGAAAUGCAGCUCACUUCUCCAUGCCUGAAGCUUAUCCGCAAAGAUGGGGAGUAUCACACAUCAAGGAUCAUUGAUGGGAAGGAUGUCCAGACAAACCAGAAUUCUCAGCCCAAGAAGAAGCACAAAAAGUCGUCCCACAAAGUGAAGGAGAAAGUGGAAGUGUUGAUUCCAAACAUGGAUAUGGAUGAUGACAGUUCCUUAAGAGUUCAGAAGAACUUCAUCUGUGAUCACUGCUACGGGGCCUUCCGGAGCAGCUACCACCUUAAACGACACAUUCUCACGCAUACAGGGGAAAAGCCAUAUGCUUGCGAUGCCUGUGAUAUGCGGUUUAUCCAGCGGUACCACCUGGACAGACACAAGAGAGUGCACAGUGGAGAGAAGCCUUAUCAGUGUGAUCGAUGCCAUCAGAACUUUUCUCGGACUGACAGGCUGCUGAGACACAGGCGACUGUGUACGACUGGUGUGAACAAAGAGGAGAACCAGUACUCCCAGGAUUCAACUGCCCAUACAGCUUCUUGGAGUCCCCUCCACCCCUCCAGCAACCGUCUCACUGUUUGACCCUCAGCUUCCGAAUCCCAGCAUCCAGCUUCACGACAUCACUGGAGUUUUACCCUUAAAACAACCUUAGCUGAAGACUCAUAACAACUAUGAAGUGGAGUUUGUACAUCUCAUAGACGCUCAGACAGAGAUGAACUGAUUUGGACAUAAGGUUAUGGCAGUGGGUGAACUGCAAAAAGGCAAUGCUUGGUACUUUGCAGAACUGCAAUCCUUUCGAACGACAUGCAAACCCACUCCUGCUUGCCACUUCACAGGGCAGACUCAAAUGAAAUAAUGUGGAAUUUCAGUAUAUUUCAGUUCAAAAUCAAAAAUCCUUCAUCAGCGUUCUACAGUUAAGAAAGCAUUACAGCUGGUUGCUGAUAUGUUCGUCAUGUAAAGUAUUUAUAUCGGUUCAUUUACACAAAAUUCAAGAAAGUCGAUUAUUUUGAUGCAUGGAGCAGAUUUCUUUUUUCAUCCAACUCAAAUAGAAACGAUUUAUCACAAACAUUUUGUUGUAGGGUCAACAUCCAGCAAAUUAUAAUUGGAAAAUUUUGCUCAAAAUAUAAUAGAAAUUCCCCAAAGGUUUUUUUUAUUCAUGUUAUUUUUAUAUUAAUCUAAUAUUCAACCUACUGCAUUCAGUCUCACUGCAUUUAAUGUUCAAACUGACUGAAGGCAUGCUUGGAUUAUGGGUUCCUCUUAAAAGAAACUUUCCAACCUACUUGGCUUUUUCUCACUUAGAUUAGUGUUUCCUGCUACUAUUUUUACCAGUGGUACUUUCACCACUACUUUUUUUUUAUUUUAGUUUAUUUUCCCACCACUACUCUUAGCUGAUUCAUCUGUAAAACUAAGACAAAACAGCUACACGGUCUUGCAGAAAGAAAUCACCUGAAAAACGUCAAAUUAUUGUUUUUAUUCACAGACUUAUUGCACCUAUGGCUAAUCAUAUGGAUUAAUUUUACUUUAAAGUGGAUUUCCCUUGAUAUUGCUUGCUACUCUGUCAUGACAUUUAGAUGGCUCAACAUAUUUUUUUGGGGGGGGGGGGACAGAUGUUUCAAUGCCUGCAAUAAGAAGCACCCUGGAACCAUUACAUCUGGAUUCUCUGUUAGUACAUGAUGGCUGUGUUUGAACGUCUGCCCUAACCCCUCUAUAGAGCACUAUAUAGGGGUCACAAAUGUCUAGUGAAUGGUCAGCUGAGAGUUUUUCAUAAAGUCCAUUAUAAAGCCCCCUGCUCUAUAUAGUGGUUUAGACGUUAGGGUAUGCAUUUGGAUUCAGCUGAUGUCUUUUUUUUCCUGUUCAUGAAGCAAAGACACCUGUGACUUCAACAGACUUUUUAUCCUAAUAGAGGCAUUCAGGUUAUCAGUAUGGAAGCUUAUUAGAUUAAACUGGUGCCAGUCCUGCGGUUUAUUUUAGUAUUGGUCAUUUUUCUCCACUGGUUCCUGCUUGUUACCUUUGCAGAUAUCAAAUGAAAUGGUUAAAGCCAAAAUUCCUUCAUAGAUUUCCAGUUUUGGCCUCCGCCCAUCAGCUGAUUGCAGUGUCAUUUUAUUUUUUUGGUCCCUUACACUUUUAGCAUCUUCAGUGAAGAUGGAUGAUUUUUGCUGGGAAAGACUUCAGAUGGGACCGUAAUCACUGGACCGAAGAUGCUGGUUCAGUCAUGAUGCAACGUGUAACUUAAACAGUUAUGUAGACUAAAAUGUUGUCAUAGUUGGGUAACUCUAUUGCUAUUAGCAAUGUAGAUUAAAGUAUAGGACCUCUCCCUUACAUUUUACAGCUUUUGAAGGUAAUAUAUAUAUAUAUAUAAAUAUAUUCAAAUUGUCUUAGGUGUAGGAAAUAGAGUUUUUUGGACCUGAACUCCAAAAGUGAACCAGAGUUUUUACAAGGGUAUAGUCUGUAGUCUCAUGAAAGCAGCUAUCUUUGAAAUUUCAGUUAAAAAACAGCUCUUAGUUAGAGGUUUUUUGUUGUUUGUUUUAUCUGCAUGUAUUUGCGGAAUAAGCUUGUAUAGAUUUUAUUUUAAGUUUUUUUUUUUUUUAUUUACUUUUAAAUAAAGGUUUUCAGCAUUUGCCGUGUCAACAUUGAAACAAGGUCAGUUUUAGCUCCCAGUAAAGGUUUUUGUUUUGUUGUCUAUUUUUUGAACAGUAAAGGCUGCUCAUGUACACUGCUGCAACAAAAAGUAUUAUUGGACAUUUACUUUGUAAAUAAAGAUUACUUAUUUUACAGUAGAUCAUCUAUCUGAUAACCCAGACUGAUAUUCAGAAUAGGUUGAAUAUAGCUCAGGCUGUAAACUGUCAUUUUCUUCAAAAUAAGUAAUGCCCCAGUUAUGUCAGCAGAUGGCAGCCAUGACCAUAUGAGGACAUUACUUUCAGCCCAGCAGGAAAAUCUAGGGUUUCAAACUGCAAAAAUUUAAGAAACUGAUUAAUUUUAAAAUAAGUUUAAAAAUCACCAAAAAUAUUUGCUCAAUUUGUUUAAGAUGAAACUGCUUGAUAAUUCAUAACUAAGGGACAUAUUUUAAGAUUUAUGUUCUGAUAAUAUUGAUUACCGCACAUAGCUUAUCAAAGUUUGAAAUUCAGUUUAUAAGAAAGUUAAAAUAUGAAAUCAGAUCCGUUUAUUUGUUCUGUGUAUCAUUUGAAUGCAAGACUCCUGACUCUUGAGCCUCCAACCCUUCUCUUGGCAUUACUCUGUAGAGCCUUUGUGGAUUCACAGGUCAUGGUAGUUUGUUUUCUAGACUAGAAAAGUGUCAAGUUCUCAGAAACCUCCUCGAUGUGCUGACUAUAGAGUUGAUCAGACUCUGGACCAACACCAGCAGAUAACAUGGCCCCAAAAAUUCCCACCUUACCCCCCCUGCAUCUUUAUUUCUCUGCAUCUUCAUUCUUCCUCCAGCUUCUUUGCUUUCAAAUUAAAGUUUUGAAAGUUAACUUUUUUCAUCAGUUUUUUUUUUUUUAUGCAUUUGUUACUCUCACGAAAGUAGGAAAUAAAAAGCGUAAAUCAAACCAACUUACCCAAUAAUUAAAAAAAUAAACAAGCAUAACCUUGACAUGAUUUUUCCCCAAAACUUUUUUAUAAUAGAGUAGUUUAGUUAAUGAUGAAGGGAAAAGUGAGAGCAAGUAAUGGUUGCAACAAGCCUUUAUUGACUUUAUUGAUAAUACUGAUACUGCAAAUGCUCAGUUGGCCCCUCCCUAUAACCAGCAGACACAGAUUAUAUAUCCCCCCUAUAAAUGUACAAAUCAAAAAAGCCAAAAGAAAUAUGUUUUUGAGGUGGGAAAGUCUUUUAUGUGGUGUAUUUUUGUCACACUGACUUGACUCUGAAUACAUCACUGUUUAGUUAGAUAGAAUCACUAUUUUAAUUCAAUGUUACUUGGUUAGCAUGUGCUAAAAUCUAUGUGUUUAGCACAUAGUGUUUUCUCAUACCUGAGGGUCUCUAAGCUGGAAAGCUAUUAAAAAUCCAGUGAAGUGCAGCUACACUGCUCCAUGUGCAAGUCUUGGACAUAGAAAUUAGCACAGGUAGGUUCGGCUUUUGCACUGUGCACAAGUAUGUAGUAUCUGGAGUAUUGAUUCAAUCGCUGAUGCAGACAUGUCUACAGUGAGGGGGGUUCACAAUGAGACAGUUGUCACUAAAGUAACUAGAUCACAUGCCCUAUAUUCUUUAGAAGGAACCUUCCCUUUUUUAUGAGCCUUCUGAUGUCGCUUUGUAUACAUCAUGCAAUAUCUUGCAAUGUAAAUUUGUGUAUCUGUUGUAUAUGGAACUUGUAAAAUGUCAUCUUAUAAUCUGUCCUUUACCAUACAGUUUAGCAGUUUACAGUAGUUAGAUUUUUGUUUACCUGAUUUCCCAUUAGAUCUUCAUUAUCAAGUUCUUUUUUUUUUUAUAAUGAAGAUCUAAUGGUUUUGUUUUCAAGAUAACUUUCACUUUUCUAUUUAUACUGACCCUUUUUUUCUUUAUAAAGUUGUCCAUCUGUAAUAAUAUGCAUUGUUGGGCUGACAAUUUUAACCCAUCUUUAUGAUGCAAAGGUACGAACUUUCCUUAAAAAUGCCUCUAAAACAGAUCUUAGAUAUUUCGGUUUAAUCUGUGGUAAAAAAUCUGUCCCAUGCUACAGUUAUAAGAUUGGGUAUAUAGGUCAAUGUUAUAAUAUUCUGAAUCAAAAUA